UCUAGAUCUAUAACCGAUUAGAAUUCAAAGUAGUAAUCGAAUCCGCGGAUAAAAAUGGAAUCGUAAAAGUAAUAAAAAUAAUUCCGUAAUAAAUUACACAAACAGAUAACUGUUAACAAUCUCGCGUAUAUAUUUCGACAAAAGUGACGAAACAUAGCAGGAAUAUUCUACAAGCGACACAGUGUGUUGGAGUAACUCGGCAAUCAGACCCCACGUGGCGGCAACAUGGUCGUCCAAUUUUAGCCACUCCGAAAGCAAGAAAGGAAAGCUACUCCAAAAGGAAAGAUCUGAAAAACAGCCCAAUCAAAUAACAAUUAAUCCACAUAUAACUAGCAAUAACAAUAAUAAUAAAAUUUAAUAAUAAAAUAUACUAUAAUCCAGGCAUAUUAACCAGUAUUUUUACCGUCCCGAGGACACGGGAAAUAAUUUAUUGAACAUGACAAAUUCAUGUAGUAAGUUGAAAGAACGAAACCUUAUGGUGGAUUUAGAAACAAUUGAUCGUGAAACCGUGAACGAGAUGAUAGUCGGUUCUCAAAAUAGUGACUGGUCCUUAGUGCCCAGAAGAAAAAAGAGAAAAAAUGUUCCCUUAGAGGCUGGCCUUCCGAGCCCUCAAAAAUCUGGAAACAGCCCAACAGACGAGCAACAUGCGGACGAACCGAGACAAAAGAAGAGAAGAGAAUAUCAGCGGAACUUCCCAGAAAGAAAGAACAGGAAUCGAAGAGGGAAAUACGAUUGACAACCAGACAAAUAAUAAAAACAAGAUAACGGGCAAGACAAAUAAUGUCACGUUCACCCAAACACCGAGAACACCUGAAGUUCCCCCUACGAGUAUCACGUCAUCAACUCCUACUCCCGAGGGAAACCGAGGAGAAACCUUUGCAACGGACAACCAACUAAACGUUUCCGAACCCGAAAUAUCGCAUAUUUCCAAUGUCUGUCUGAAUCUAAAUUCACAAAGGACUCAAGCAGCCCAAUGGAACUGUAGAGGCUUAAGAGGAAAAACCCACGAAAUGCCGGAACUCGUGCGAAACAAAGACAUCCUUAUUCUCGCAGAGACUUGGCUACAUCCAAACACUCCUUUCAAAAUUCCCGGUUUCCACCUUGUUAGAAAGGACCGGCCGAUCGGAGAAAUUGGAGGAGGGGUAGCAAUCGGUAUUAAAAACGAUAUCACCUUAGUGAGCCACAACCUAGCACCAGCGUGUUGCUGGAAGGUGCUAGACGAUAACCUGGGCAGUGAUCACCUAGUGAUAGAUUGCAGGCAAAAGUAUGUAUAAGCAAAACCGCAGACCGUCAAUAAGUACAACGAAAAUAGAUUGGAGUAAAUUCGCGAAAUCCCUAGAUAAUGAAGUCCCGCAAGGCCCCAUAUUAAAUAGAAAUAUACUUCAAAAGUACGACACUGUAUGCAAACAAAUCGAACUAAGCCUGCUGGAAGCAGGGGCAUGCCGGAGCGAAAACCAAACCCAAACAAACAAUCGAAAAACUAAUAAAAAAUCCUGGUGGAACCCAGACUGCAGCAGGGCAGUAGAAUCGAGAAGAGAAGCGUUUAAAAAAUACAAAUUCAAUAAGAGUAGAGAAAAUCUAGAAUCGUGGAUGAGAGAAGACGAAAAAACUAAACAAAUCUUAAAAAAGAUAAAGAGAGAAUCAUUCAAAGACUUUGCCUCAAGCUUGAAUAUUAACACUCAGAUAAAAAAAGUGUGGGAAGUCGUGAGAACCUUCAGUGGUUUGAAGUGCUAUGAAGUGCGGGACAAAUGUAACAAACGUUCGUAUAGUUAGUGAAUAAUAUAAAUAAGGCAAAUCAGUUUAUCAAAAAUAGGUCUGGAA